UCCAAAACCGCAGAAAAUCAGCAGUCCUCACCACCCUACCCUAUGGCGUCCGCCGCCGUUGCCGCCGCGGCCGCGCCGCUGCGGCGUUCGCUCCUUCCCUCCCUCAACCCGAGCUGUCUCUUCUCCUCCCUCGCGUCCUCCUCGCACCGCCUAUCUCUACCGCGCGCCCUCCGCCCCGCGGGCCCUUUGCCCUCCGAUGUCGAAGACUCGGACGAUUCGAAUGCCGGAGACGGCGCCGGCGAGGCCCUCAGGAAGAGCCGCAACGACCUGAAGCGGGAGGCUCGUCGCGCCGUGCAGUGGGGUAUGGACCUCGCUAAGUUCUCCCCUCUCCAGAUCAAGCGCAUCCUCAGGGCUGCGUCGCUAGAUCGCGAGGUGUUCGACGCUCUCAUGCUCGUGAAGAGAUUUGGAUCAGAUGUGCGGGAAGGAAAAAGGAGGCAGUUCAACUAUAUCGGAAGACUUCUGCGUGGUGCACAACCCGAAUUGAUGGACACUCUAAUCCAGUAUUCGAAGGAUGGCGAUGAUAACAGGUUACUUGCAUUAAUGAGUGAAAAUACAUUCUUGAUGGAAGAUGAGGAAAUAGAGGACUUGCCUUGCAAUGAAGAAGAGGGUGACAAAGAGCAUAUUGAAAUUGCAGAUAGAUGGUUUGAGGGCCUCCUUUCCAAAGACAUUUCAGUUACUAAUGAAAUUUAUGCGAUACAUAAUGUUGAGUUUGAUCGUCAGGAACUGCGGAAGCUCGUGAGGACAGUCCACAUGGUCCAAGAUAAUAUAGAAAAUGAACAUGAAGAGGAAUCUACCAUGAAGCUUUUGGGAGCAAAGAAACAACUUUUGUGCUUCCUUCGCUCCAUUGCUAAGGAGGCAUACGUCAAAUCAUAGAUUUACUCACUUCUCUUCUAGAUGGUUCUAAAAUGCUUUGUUAUUCAGUUGUAGAAAUAUUGGCCCAAAUGGCCCUGCUUUUUUUUAGACUCAUGUACUUUAUUUAAAGUAAGGGCGCACUGUGUAUGUCAGAGGGGAAGUUAACAUGAAGAAUUACCAUAUUGCAGAAAAGCACCUAAGAAAUGGGCAAAUUAACCUUA